UCUUCUUCCUUCCUUCCCUCCUUUUUUCCUGCGACGCUCGUUCGCACUCCACCACAGAGCAAGAAAGAGAGAAAGCGGGGCAGAGCCAGAGCGCCGAGGUUUGGGAGUUUUUUGGCGAUGCAUCACACUCGCAAACUUUGACUCCAAACACUCGACAUGCGGCGACUCUGCUGUUUCCUGUCACUGUCCUGCUCCUUCAUCUUCUUCUUCACCUCCCUUCUGCCAGCCGAUGGACAGACAGCAGGAGGAGGAGUGAGAGGAGGGGGAGGAGUAGAGACGAUCCAGGUGAUGUUCACGCCGACCAUCUGCAAGGUGCGCUGUAGCCAAGACCGAUGUGUCAACUACUGCGAGAGAGGCAACGUGACGACACUGUACAGCGGCGGCGAAGGAGGAGGAAGGAGAGACGGCUCUCACGGACCAGGCUUCAGAGUCUUCCUCUGUCCUCUGCUCUGUAAGAACGGCGGAGUCUGUCUGCAGAAGGACCGUUGCCUGUGUUCGCCAAACUUCACCGGGAAGUUCUGCCAGAUCCCCAUCACACCCACAGACUCCUCUGCAGCCUUCUCCACCAAUGAGAUCGUCAAGCCGGUUCUCCUCUCUGCCAUGGCAUCCAAUCAGGAGCUGGUUCGGUCUGAGUUCCUGCUACCGCUAGGACGGGACGCAGAGGCGAUGACUGCUGGAGCCCCCAGCGGGCCCAUGGUGAAGGUCAGAGUUCAGCACCCCCCUGAGGCCAACGUGAAGGUCCACCAGGUGAAGGUGUCUGGAUUCACUCCCACCCUGCGGACGCUCUCUUCCUCCUCCUCCUCCUCAGGGUCAGCAGGUGCUCCGGCUCCUGCUGGCAGCAGAGUCCUGGCCCAGACUGUGAGAGGGGACAGCGUCUACACCCAGCAGUCCGGCUUUAAGUACUGCUUCAGAGAGGUUCAAGACGGACAGUGCAGCUCUCCUCUUCCUGGCCUUCGGAGCAAGGAAAUGUGCUGCAGAGGGAUCGGAAAGGCCUGGGGCAUCGAUGACUGUGUCAUCUGUCCUGAGAUCACAGGUCAGAGCGAUGCCAGCUGUCCAAUUGGGUUUGAGCGAGCCAAUGGAACGCAGUGCGUCGACGUGAAUGAGUGCCUGCAGCCGGGGCUGUGUGAGAACGGCAUCUGUGUGAACACCAGGGGGAGCUAUAGCUGCGUGUGCAGGCUGGGGUUCAUCCUCGACGCCUCACAUGGAAUCUGCAUCUCCCAGAGUGUCAUUUCUGAGGAGAAGGGUCAGUGUUACCGGGUCCUGGGUUCAGGUCUGGGUCCGUCCUCCUGCUCCCUGCCUAUUCUCAAAAGCAUCACCAAGCAGAUCUGCUGCUGCAGCCGGGUCGGCAAAGCCUGGGGACCCGACUGCCAGAGGUGUCCGUACUUCGGUUCAGUGGCCUUUAAGGAGAUCUGUCCCGCUGGUCCUGGUUACCAAUACUCGCCUUCAACUCUUAAAUUCAACCAGAGAGUCAGCGAACCGGAAGGGGGCGGCAGAGCUGUGCUGGUAAACGGCAGCAACAAGGACAACCAGGGUCCUGUUUCAGGGUCCGGGUCUCUACUGAAACCCCCUCCCUCUGGUGGAGCGAGUACCUCCGGUGCCACAGGAGCUGGGACCAGACCCAGUCCUCCCCAACCUAAGCCCCAGCCAGGCACAGGCUUUCCCGCCUCCUCCUCCUCCUCGUCCUCCUCCAGGCCUGUGCAGCCUGGCAGUGCUGGUACCUCGGCCACCCAGGGCAGAACCCGGCCUUCGCAGAGCCGACCUGAUUCAACACAACUGAGACCUCAGCCUCCGUCCGCCGGGAGCCAAGCAGCUGAUCGUUUCUCUUCAGUGUAUCGGGCCGAUCCGCCGCCAUCCAGAGGGGACUCCCUACCCGCUCCGGCCCAGCCGCAGAGCCCCGAGCGUGGGUCGAGACCCAGGGAAGACCUCCCUCUGGAAGCCAGACCGGCUGUGAGCCCGACGCCCCCCAGAGUUCAGACAGUACAAAGCGUGUGUGAGAGCAGGCCGGGUGUGUGUGGCCGUGGCCGCUGUGUGGAUCAGCCAGGUGGGAAACACACCUGUGUGUGUGAUCGGGGCUUCCAGCUCAGCUCGCAGCACACACACUGCCAGGAUGUGAACGAGUGUUUGCAGUCUCCAGCUGUGUGUUCAGUAGGAGAGUGUGUGAACAGCAUUGGAAGCUACAGAUGUGUGUGUCCAUCUGGAUACAGAAGCAACAGCCAGCAGACCAGUUGCCAAGACAUCGACGAGUGCCGGCAGAAUCCCUGUGUUAACGGUCGCUGUGACAACACGGCGGGCAGCUACAGGUGCAUCUGUCGGCUUGGUUACAGGCUCGUUGGCAACACCUGCACAGAUGUGGAUGAGUGUGCCGACCCUCUGCAGUGUCCGGGUCAGGAGUGUGUGAACGCUCCGGGCUCGUACCGCUGUGUUUCCUGCCCGCCGGGACACGGACUGCUCAACAACGUCUGCAGAGACGUUGACGAGUGUCGUCAGAAUCCCUGCUCCAACGGCCGCUGUGAAAACACGCCGGGGAGCUACCACUGUGUCUGUCACCAUGGUUACAAGCCCCAGAACAACACCUGCACAGACGUGGAUGAGUGUGCAGAGCCAUCUCAGUGUCCUGGGCAGAUGUGUGUGAACUCUGUGGGCUCGUACAGAUGUGUUUCCUGCAGAGCAGGAUUCAGACUGACCGACAGACAGUGCACAGAUAUAAACGAGUGUGAGGACGGCGACUCCUGUCCCGGUCAGCGGUGCGUGAACACUGAAGGCUCCUACAGGUGUGUGGACUGUCGGCAGGGAUACCACAGCGUGGAUGGAGUGUGUACAGACAUAGACGAGUGUGCGAGCGGCAGGGUGUGUGAGGCAGAACGGGUCUGUGUGAACACCGUCGGCUCGUUCAGGUGCGACUGUGCGCCCGGGUAUCGAACCUCCAGCCUGGGAAGGCAGUGCAGAGACAUUAACGAGUGUUUGGAGGGAGAUUUCUGUUUCUCCAGAGGAGAGUGUGUGAACACGCCUGGAUCCUACACGUGUGUGUGCUCGCAGGGAUUCACGCUGACUGAGAACCGGACGGCCUGCCUCGACGUGGACGAGUGUGUUAAGGCGGGGGUGUGUUCGGACGGUCGCUGUGUGAACACCGAAGGCUCGUUCCAGUGCGACUGUCAAAUUGGCUUCACCACCAACCCCGAGGGGACUGCCUGCCUUGAUGUUGAUGAAUGCGUCUUGUCCGGUGGUUCUAUUUGCGGGUCACAGCGAUGUGAGAACACCAUUGGUUCCUACAGCUGCCUCACUAACUGUGAGCCAGGCUACCAGGUGAACCACGCUGGGAUCUGUGAAGAUAUUAAUGAAUGUGGCAACACGACAGUGUGCGGCGCAAACGCCUACUGUCAGAAUCUGUUUGGAACUUACCGCUGCAUUUGUGACCAAGGCUUCACCUCCUCCGCCGAUGGAAAGACCUGUGUGGAUGUGAAUGAGUGUGUGUCUCUGCCGGGUGUGUGUGGCUCAGCUCGUUGUGAGAACGUGGAGGGGUCCUUCAUGUGUGAAUGUGACCAGGCAGGUCACAGCUACGACACGGCGGCCAGACGGUGCGUCCACGCUGCAGCUCUAGAAACAGACAUAGUCCGUGCCCGCCAAUCCUCUACCACCACCUCCUCCUCCGCUUUCCACGCCAGCGUGGUGGAGCUGUCUCCGAUGCUGCCGCCCCUUCCUCAGGCUCGUCCUGGCGAGCUGAGGGAGUGUUAUUACAACCUGGCAGAGCGGGGAACCUGCAGCCUGCUGGCCACCAACACCACCCAGCAGGAGUGCUGCUGCACACUGGGGCAGGGCUGGGGGCUGGGCUGCCAGUACCACCCCUGCCCUACAGCAUACACAGCUGAGUUUCUAACUCUGUGUCCCAGUGGGAAUGGAUAUGUUACAGAAGGACCAGGAGCCUUCAGCUACAGAGAUGUGGAUGAGUGUAAGCGUUUCCAUCCAGAGGUGUGUAAGAACGGCGUGUGUGUCAACAACAUCCCGGGAUACAGCUGCUACUGCUCCAGCGGAUACGUUUACAACAGCACGCUGCUGGAGUGUGUUGAUCAUGAUGAGUGUGAAGAGGAGAGCUGUGUGGGAGGGAUUUGUGUGAACACAGUUGGUUCGUAUUACUGCAGCUGUCAGCCUCCUCUGGUCCUCGACGACACCCAACGAAACUGUGUCAACUCCUCCGACCUCAAUCAGGAUGAGAACCUGUCCAUAUGCUGGCAGCACGUGACGACAGGCCUGGUGUGUCAGAGCGUUCUGAUGGGAGCUCAUAUCACCUUCACAGACUGCUGCUGUCUGUAUGGGCAGGGCUGGGGGUUCAGCUGCGCCCUCUGUCCUGCCCCCGACACAGAGGGGUAUGCCAGUAUGUGCAGUUCGUUCCCUCCUCCGCCUCUUUUCCCGGCGACUUAUCCGGACUCUGAAACGGAAGCAGGUCGAAGACGAGGGAGUGCUUCUCCAAACCUGCCUCCUUAUGGACUCGACUACUUCCCUGUGAUUCCCGGCAGAGACUACGGUCACUCCGACUAUGAUGAUUACUCUCCAGCAGAGGGCAGCAGGUCAGGCUUCAGAGGGAGCCUGCCAGAUGAAACGUAUCGUAGGCCUGAGUACAGCACUGGUUACUACUCCGAGGGAGACUACGGGCCUCCUGACAGCUCCCAGUCCAGACCGCCUCCCUUCCGCAUUCCUCCGGACCCACGAGCUGACAUUGGGCUUGGAGUCCUGCCUCAUCCACCCGACAGUCCUCCUCUCAGCCUGGCCCCGCUGCCUGGAGGGCGCUACGAGGAGACAGAGGAGGAAGGGGAGGACAGGGCGUGGAGGCCGGGGCCGCCCUUCCCUUCUUUCACCGACAGGAGCGGAGGAGGAGGGGUACCGAGGAGGCUGUAUGAGAGGCGUUACGAGUCAUACGCCAGCCUGAGCACAGCUGAGGAUUGUGGGAUCCUGCACGGCUGUGAGAACGGCAGGUGCAUUCGUGUUGCAGAGGGUUACACCUGCGACUGUUACCAAGGAUACGAGCUGGACAUGACCACUAUGACCUGCAUAGAUGUAAAUGAGUGUGAGGACAGCGUCAGGAUUGAGUACCCGUGCGUGAACGCUCGCUGCGUGAACACCGACGGCUCGUACCGCUGCGUCUGCAGGAGAGGAUACGUCAUGUCUCGCAGACCGAACCACUGCGUGGCUGCUUAGAACAGAGUGCGCUGGACUGGGAUCUGUAGGCCAGUGCAGACUGGCUCAGGCUUUUUUAUUCUCCAGAUUAGAUAAACUAGACUUGACCAGGCGAGAAUAGACUGGACACUAAAAGACUCUAGAUUGCACUAAACUGGGCAAAGCUAGACUGGGUUAGCCUGAACAACACAGGGCGACGUCUGAUUAGAGAGCAACUCAUCAUCCUGGUUUAGCCUGAACACACUUCACUAAUGCCUCCACAAUCCAGACCUGAAUACACCCUCCAUUUGUUCACCUCACCUGUGUUGCAGGUGGAUUGUGUUUGUUUUUCUUUAACUGGGCAGGUAGUUAUCAGACACGUGGUAGUUUGGUUGGACCUGAGUGGUGAUAAAAGCAACGAUAAAUCAGUGUGUCUGUUAGAGCCCAGUGUGGUUGCUGUAAAACACCUGGUUGCCUCAAAUUGUGUGUAAUUCAGUCAGAGUUCAUACAUAAACAUAAACCUGAGCAGAUCAACGUGUCAUUGUCUCAAACCCCCGUAGGAAGCCAGGACUAUCCUUGGAUGGCCCCAUGGAUGAGUAUUCUUAUUAUACUGCAGUAUUUACUCCAUUUGGACACGCAUCUGUUUCAUCACCUUGUGUGUGUGGAGUGCACAGGACACGGAAAAUUCAGUGACACAUAGCAAGCAAAUAUCACCUAAUAUUAUAAUAACUUUAUAAAGCCUAAAAACACGAGGGUGAAAAAUGUUUCAGGUUUAGAAACUCUGUUUUAGGGAACAAAAGGUUUGGCCUAAAAGGGACCCAUCAUCAUCAUCAUCAUCAUUAUUGUUAUUAUCACUUUCAUCUACAUUUUUAUUCCUGGACUCCACUAGAGUAGCUUUACAUGACACACAGUGGCACAUUAAUCUUCCUCUAAUCGGCACGAGCCGAUUUUGUUUCUGUCUCUUUAAGGCCCCCCUCCCUAUGAGCCCACAUUCUUCUGAUUGGCCAGCUUCUGGAAGCCUGUUGGGAAGCAGCUCCCAGUGAUUCUGGCUUGUACUUCCUUUAUUCUGUUAGCUGACUCACUGUCGAAGCUUUUGUUUCCCUCUAACUCGUCACAGGAAACACAAUUCGUCUUCUUUAAUAUUCAGAUGUUUGUAGCUGAUGUAUGACUCGGUGGUGCAGUCCACUCCACAGUCCUCUAAAGAGUGUGGGAGUUGAAUGUUCCAAUCAGACUAAAGAGUUUAUUAAAGUUUGUAAAGUUAACGACUCGUACCUCCUUGAAGCGUUGUGCCCAGUCUGACCCAGUCUAGCCCUGUUUGACCCCGUUUCAUUUAAAGCACUACACAAGGAACCAAGCUGCGCCCAAAGCCCACCAAUACACUCACUGGUCACUUUAUUAGGUACACCUCUGCGGUAACAGGUUGGACGCCCUUUUUCCUGUUUUAAUUCUUCAUGUCUCAACAUUCCUGUAAGAUUUUGGUUCAUAUUAACCUGACAUCAUCAUGACAUCAUCCCAAAGCUGCUGCAGAUUUGUCAUCUGCAUCCAUGAUGAGAAUCUCCCGUUCCACCACAUCACAAAGGUGAUCCACUGGAAUGAGAUUUUGGGCUGAAACAUUGGUUUCCCUCAAUAUUUGAGUACAGUGAACUCAUCAUCAUGUUCAAGAAACCAGGCUGAGAUAAUCUGAGCUUUGUGACACGGUGUGUUAUCCUGCUAAAAGCAGCCAUCAGAAGAUGGGUUGGACAUGGUCAGCAACAACACUUAGGUAGGCUGUGGGGUUUAAACGAUGCCACCACACCAGCAGCUUCAGAGGUGCUCUUCUUUAUGCACGGCACUGUAACAAGCAGCUGUUUGAGUUAUCGUUGCCUUCAUGUCAUCCUCCUCUGACCUCAACAAGUCAUUUUCUCCCAGAGAACUGCUGCUCACUGGGUAUUUCCUCUUUUUCCGACUGUUCCCUUUAAACACAGAGAUGGUUGGUGGGGAAAUCUGUUACAGCAGUUUCUGAAACACUCAGACCAACAACAACACAUCACCUGUCUUACCCAUUCUGAUGCACAGUUUGAAACUCAGCAGGUCUCCUCGACCACAUCUUUGCACACUGGGUUAAGCCGUGUGAUUGGCUGAUAAGACAUUUGAGCUAACAAGCAGUUAAACAGGUGUACCUAAUAAAGUGAGAGAUGAAUGUAGGUUUUCCAUGACACACUGUCAGGAUGUGGUCAUGUACAGCAAAACAAAAGGACUGAAGUUGUCCUGCAGGUGAAGAAAUGCUUUAUGUAUGUUUGCUUUGUUUAACCAGCAGAUUUGUGAAGUUCAGAUAAGUCUUUACAGACGUAAUCGUCAGCUUUAUUUAUACAGCUAGCUCUGGUGUGCUACAGUAAAAGAAAUUAAAGUAGAACGAUGUGUUCAAUUAAACUGAGAUUAAAAAGGAGUCAAUGUAUUUUACAUAUGCAUUCAUAAAAUGACCAGCCUCAGUUCUUACUUACAGUUCUUACUCUUAUUAGCAUGAGCCUAAAUGCGUGUUAGUGCGCAAAGUUAAAGCUAGUACACUCACUAUGUGCUACAGUCAAAGCUAGCGUAACCUAAAGUUAUGCUAAUUAAAGACUUUAAAUGUUAGCUAUCAAGCACUAGCUAAUAUUUUGUUCUAAAAGUUACUGCAAUAUUUAAAUUAAUAUUCAACACACCUAGUAAGCUUACUAAUGAGCUAUUAGCUUGAAAAAUAUUAAUACAUGUGUGCUCAUUAGCUAUUAGCACACUACUGAAUGAAGAAGCAGGGAGUUUUAGUUUGACGCACUGUUCUACUUCAAAAUAAUUUUCUGUGUAGUCGCAAAAAUACUGACGCAACAGUUUUAGAAGACUGCAUUUAAUUCUUUUAACUGAAUAUUUGUUUAUUUUCUGGCCAUGUUUGCUAGCUAGUGAUCUGUUAGCUGCAGGAUAAUAGGCUAGUUUUUUUUUUCUCUACUAGAUAUCCGGUUGUUCAGUGAUGACGCGACGAAUCCUACUUCCGGGUCUAAAGUAG